GCGCCCUGGUUACCAUCUUGAUUCCUCGUGAGGGUCAGAGGGGCGUGCCUUGGGUGUCACUGGGCGGAGGUAAUCUGGGUUCCCGUUUUAGAUCCCUAUGCUAAUUAUGGCCCGGGUGUAGCUUUGACGACACGGAACCUUUAGGCCACCAGGGAACAAACUCAAGCGUGGGUCAAAGAUGGUUGCUCUUCAAUUGGAGCGAGGGUCGUAGGCGUCGGCUGGGUUGACAGGACCGAGUUUUCCUUCUUGGGGUACCCUACCUUCCCUGUCAACGGUUUCCCCGUGUGUGACAUCUUUAUAGGAUCUAACUAUGUAGCUCUGACUGGCCUGGAAAAGACUACAUACACCAGACUGGCCUUGAACUCACAGAGCUCUGACUACCUCUGCCUUGCAAGUGCUAUAAUCAAAGACAGGGUUUCUCUGUAUAGCCCUGGCUGUCCUGGAACCCACUGUAUAGACCAAACUGGGCUCGAACUUGGAGAUCUGCCUAUCUGCAUCCCAGGUGCUGGGAUUAAAGAUCAUGGAAAACACCCAAGUUAUUAACUGGGAUGCUGAAGAAGAAGAGGAGACAGAAAUAUCCAGUGGGUCCUUGGGGUAUAGCUUGGAGCCUAUAGGGCGGUUACGUCUCUUCAGUAGUACUCAUGGACCAGAAAGAGAUUUCCCACUCUACCUUGGCAAGAAUGUAAUUGGCCGAAGCCCUGACUGUUCUGUGGCCCUGCCUUUUCCAUCCAUCUCUAAACAGCAUGCAGUGAUUGAAAUCUCAGCUUGCAACAAAGCCCCUAUCCUCCAGGAUUGUGGGAGCCUCAAUGGCACUCAACUCGUAAAGCCCCCUAAGGUCCUGACCCCUGGAGUAAGCCAUCGUCUGAGGGACCGGGAAUUAAUUCUGUUUGCAGACUUUCCCUGCCAAUACCAUCGCGUGGAUGUCCCUCCACCUUUGGUCUCUCGGGGACUCCUAACUAUAGAGAAGACUCCCAGAAUACAGGGAGGAUCCCAAACCUCUAGAGUUUUGUUGGCUGAGGAUUCAGAGGAGGAAAUGGAUUUUCCGUCUGGAAGGUGUGUGGCAAAUGGAUCAAGGAAUACAACGUCCCCCUCAGCAACAGUAGUUCCAGAAAGUGAUGAGGAGGGGUCUUCUCCAGCCCCGAGUGUCCCCGGGCCGUCUCUGCCCUUGGACUUGGGCAGUGACACAGAUGAAGAACAAGGUCAGCAACCGGCAGUGGGGGGGUCCUCUUCCGCUGCCAGGAAUGGCAUCCGGCUGGUACAGGCUCAGCCUGCUGAGCAGAAGUUCAAGGACCCAAAAGUCACGAGUGGAGCAGGCAGUGGAGCGGCUCUGGCUGGGCCGGUUGUGGAGAAGAGCCCCACUCCUGGGGAGGACAGUGAUACAGAAGUGGAUGAAGAGCACCAGCCUUCUGUGGACAGUGAUACAGAUAUGGAGGAAGAGAGGAUCCCUAUGACCCCACCUGUAGUUCCUGGGAAGAAGAAGAAGAAGAAGAAGAAGAAGCGAGUCCUGCUUGGAGUUGGUACAAAGGAUCCUGGAGCACCUGGAGCGGCACAUCUGCAGGACAGCCCAGCUGGUAGUGACACAGAUGUGGAGGAGGGCAAGAUGCCACUGGCUGUCCCUCAAGAGAGAAACCACACAUCCAUGGUGAUCAACAGCGAUACAGAUGAGGAGGAUGAAGUCUCUGCAGCAUUCACCUUGGCCCAUCUGAAAGAGAGAGGAAUUACUUUGUGGAGCAGAGACCCAGGCGUGGAAGAGGUCAAGUCCCAACCACAGGUCCUUGUAGAACGAAGCCAGAGUGCCUCUGGGAGAGACAGUGACACUGACGUGGAGGAGGGAAAGAGAGAGAUGGUCCCUGACAGCCCCAUGGACCUAGAAGAAGCUCUUACUGUCACACAUUCAGAGAGCCAGCCUCCCCAUAGACCCGGUGAUGUAGAUGAGGAUGUGGAUAUGAGUUCCCCUGGUGGCCAUCUAGAGGGAAAUCAGGCCUCCUCUGCCACAGUAGACAACAAUGGUGCACAAGAGGAGGAGGAAAUCCCGCCAGAGCCAGCUGUUACCCUGGGGGAGAAGCACCAGCUGCCUCCAGAGGAAGCCCAGCCUCCUGAGGAGGACUGGGAAACAGCUGUGGAGGAAGGCUCAUCUUCAGCAGUGGCAGAUGUAAGAAAGAGCCAGCAGCCAGUAGCAGAAGAUACUGGGACAGAGUGGGCUGCAGCUGGUUCUGAGCAGGAGAGCACUCUGGAGGUGGGGGCCCAAAGCAGGCCACCUGCUACACCGGUGGAGCAGGUGAUGGUAUGUACAGGUACUCCAGGGGGUCCCACCCAGCCACAGAGAAAGGAAGCCCAGACCCCCACAGGAAGAGAGAAAGGAGCACAAAUGGACAGGACCCAGAAUGCCAAAGACUGUUGUGAUGAAUCUGAAGAUCUGUGUCUUCCAGCUACCCAAUGUUUUGUAAAAAGGGAGAGCCAGAGCUCAGAAGCUGUCCAGAGUUUGGAAGAUGAGCCUACCCAGGUCUUCUCAUGUAUGCUUCCCCAAGAGCCUGGACCUUCCCAUGCUAGUCUUCAGACUCCAGGUCCUGGUGCUCUGGAUGUGCCAUGGGAAGUCUUGGCUACACAGCCGUUUUGUCUGAGAGAACCUGAGGCCUCUGAACCCCGGCUCAUUGCCACCCACCUCGAAGCUCAGGGAUCUAGUCCAUCUCCAACUAGUGUACCACCAGGACACCAGCAUCUGGUUCACAAGGAGCUCUUGGGACUUGAAGACAGAGAGAUACAGACUGUGGAGAAAGCCAUGGGUAUACCAAAGGAAACAGCAGACAGGGUGACCUCUGAGAGAGAGCCGCUGGGAAGGACACCAAACAGUGGGAGAGAAGUCGUGAUGGAGGAAGAAGAGCUAACUCAGGGGAAAGAGGACAGAGAGCCAGAGAAGGGGUUAGCUAGAGACAGGCAGGGACAACAGUCUGACAAGGUGAAGGGUAGGGGUCGUGAAGGGAGUGGAGAGAGUUUGAAGGUAGAAACGGAGAUGUCCAAAGACACACAGAAGAGAGAGAGAGAAGUAGGGAACCCUGAACCGGAGACAGAGUGGGCGCCAGCUGGUUUAGAAGUGACCCUAGACAGCGGGUUAACAGAGGGAGGAAGCCAUGAUCAGACAGAGCAGAUUGCUGAUUUAACACUAAAGCCUGGAUUUGGCAUGGGGGACCUUGAGGAACUUGCACCAGCCCUGGUAGUCUCUGGGAGCCAGGGAGAUGGAGGAAAGGGAGACCCUGUGAGCCCCGGGAGGCAGCAGAGAGGCCACUUGAGUUUCCAGAUGACAUCUGCUGAAAAGGCCUCCAAGGGUGAUCCAGAACCCCCAGCCCAUGGCCUGCUUUCUCCGGUGCCUGAAGCUUCAGCUCCACCUCAAAGUCUCCUCACCUCUCAGAGCCAAAAGCAAUCUACACCUCAGCCUCUGUUUUUGACAUCUUCCCCUUCUGAGAUACAGCUUCCUGGGAUUCUUCAUACAAAGCCUAAUGUUAGGCCACGGCGGUCUUCCAGGAUGACUCCCUCCCCACAUUCCUCUGCUGCCCCUAGACCAGCAUCUCGAACCACUCGGGGCAGGGCAAGUAGGUCCUCUACCAGGACCCCAGAACCGACCGUCCCUACAGACUCUGAACUUCAGCCUCCCACCUCCACAGAACAACCUGUCAUCCCCAAACCCGCCUCUCAGGGCACUCAGGGCAGCACAAAUAGUUCCUUUGUUAACACACCUGAACCAGUUGUUCUCACAGGUCCCGAAAUCCAGCCUCCCACCUCCACAGAACAGCUUGUUAACCCAAAUUCCACACCUCGGGCUACUCGGAGCAGGCCAAGUAGGUCUUCCAUCAAGACCACAGAACCACUUAUUCCCAUUGGCCCUGAACUCCAGCCUCUCCCCUCCACAGAACAACCUGUCAUACCUAAACCCACAUCUCCGGCCACUCGAGGCAGGCCACGUAAGUCUUCUGUCAGGACCCCAGAACUAGUUGUCCCCACUGUUUCUGAACUCCAGCCACCCACCUCCACAGAACAGCCUGUUAACCCUAAACCCACAUCUCGGGGCAGACCACGUAAGUUUUCUAUCAGGACCCCACAACCAGUUGUCCCCACUGUCUCUGAACUCCAGCCACCCACCUCCACAGAACAGCCUAUCACCCCUAACCUCACAUCUCAGUCCUCUCAGGGCAGGUCAAGUAGGUCUGUCAGGACUCCAGAACCAAUUGUCCCCACUGGCCAUGAACUCCAGCCACCCACCUCCACAGAACAGCCUGCCACCCCUGAGCCCUCAUCUCAGGGCAGGACACAUAAGUCUUCUGUCAGAACUCCUGAGGCAAGCAUUCCCACAACCUCUGAACUCCAGUCGUUCACCUCUAGAGAACAGCCUGCUCACAAGCCCACAGCUCUGGGCACUCGGGGAAGGAGAUGUAAGGCCUCCAAUGAGGAUUCUGAAUCAGUUGGACCAGUAGCCCCUGAUUUUGAGCCUCCCAUCUCCAAAGACCAUCUUGUUGCCCCUGAGGUGAUAGGUCAGAGCAUAACACUAAAGUCUUCACCACUAAGUGCUCCCCCAGUUUCCACUACCCCUAAACUCCAGCCUCCUGUCCCCACAGCCCAGCCUGUUCCCCUGGAGCCUAUUCCUCAAGCUAGUCACCGAAGGAGGCGGAAGGCUGCUGGGAAACAGGGCUCCCACACAGUUCCCAUUGGCCACGAGCCUUACUCUGCACCCUCUGAACCUGAGUCCCAAUCUUCAACCAGCCAAGGCUCAGGGACAUUAGAAACAGCUGAGUCGAUUACAGUCACUCCUGAGCCCACUGUUCCCCAGGUUCCAGAGACCCCCACUCACAGUCCUCUGAUGCAAAAUGAAGCAGCUGGGAGACCAGGGCCCAUUCCCAAGCCCCAGCCUGAGGCUUCUCAAGUCCGCAAGAAGCCUUCCACUACCACAGACUCACCAGUUCAAAAACGUCCCCGAAGACGAGUUCCCCAGAAGACCACAGAACCCAAGGAAGAAGAUCUUUCAGAAACUCAAGUGAAGGAAGAGUCUCAGGAGAAAGCAAUUCCAACACCAGACAAAAGAAAGAGGCACCGUGCCGAAGACGAGACCCAAGGAAACCCAAGUCGAAGCCGGCGGGCUAAGCCUAACCAAGAAGCGGCAGCCCCCAAGGUACUGUUCACAGGCGUUGUGGAUUCUCGUGGGGAGCGUGCAGUCCUGGCUCUGGGAGGCAGUCUGGCCAGCUCCGUAAAUGAGGCCUCCCACUUGGUCACUGAUCGCAUCCGCAGGACAGUCAAGUUCUUGUGUGCCCUGGGGAAGGGGAUCCCCAUCCUCUCCCUGAACUGGCUGUAUCAGUCCAGAAAGGCAGGUUGCUUCUUGCCGCCGGAUGACUACUUGGUGACUGAUCCUGAACAAGAGAAGAAUUUUAGCUUCAGCCUUCGGGAUGCCCUGAGCCGAGCUCGGGAGCGAAGACUGCUGGAGGGCUACGAGAUUCAUGUGACCCCUGGAGUGCAGCCACCCCCACCUCAGAUGGGAGAGAUCAUCAGCUGCUGUGGAGGCACAAUCCUGCCCAGCAUGCCCCAUUCCUAUAAGCCUCAUCGAGUUGUCAUAACUUGCACCGAAGACCUUCCUCGCUGUGCUAUUCCAUCUCGCCUGGGGCUACCUCUCCUCUCUUCUGAGUUCCUCCUGACUGGAGUGCUGAAGCAGGAAGCCACCCCAGAGGCCUUUGUCCUCUCCAAUUUGGAAAUGUCAUCUACCUAAAAAGAAAAAAAAAAAUCUACCAGCUAACACUCAUAGAAAAAGGAACACACACACACACACACACACACACACACACACACAAUCAAGACUGAACAAGAUUAUCACACCUUUAGUCUCAGCACUUGGGAGGCAGAGAUAGGCAGAUUUUUCUGAGUUCCAGACCAGCUAGGGCUACAUAAUGAGAUCCUGUCUCAAAAACCAAAAAGAAAAAAGAAAAAAAAAAAAAACAAAAACUCAGGGUUUCACAAAGGCCUAAGAUGCAUUGAUAUAACUGCUUUGGGAAUGUGGAUAAGACCAAAGAGUUUUUGAAAAAAAGAAGAAAAGGGACUUUUUUCCCUACGAUGUCCAUUUUAAAUUGGCCAACCCAGGUUGGGGGCGUAGUUGUGUGGCAGAGAGAACCCUUGCCAUCAGUGGUCCGUAGCUGCACUGAUGAAGCUGUGGUCCAGGCCCCGAACCCUGGUCUUGCUCCCUUCUUGGAAGUUAUCACUUCCCCUUACCUUGCCGGGAUUCUUACUCAAAGUGAACCAGCUCCCAGGAAUACCUGACUGAGAAGAUACAUGUUUUCUGGUCUGUGACUCACUGGUUAGAAAGGGCUUUUAGUUUUGCUGCAUAUGGCCUGCUUUUCCAGUGUUUGCUGUUAGCUUUGGUCAUCUCUGUGGUAGGUCAGUGCUCACUCAGUCUGCCUGAUGGUGAAUUUCUGGUGUGGUGACACAAGACAAUUUUGAACUUGCACUCAUUUAUCAGUACCAAUUUAGAGUAAAUUAUAUUUGUUUUUAAAAGUUGGUCACUUUCCAGGAUGUAGGACUCUUAGGUACUACCGGUAUUUGGUUUGGCCUCUGCAGUAAAUAGUUUGAAAGUUCCUUUAAAGUUA